AUGCGGGUUGAAGUCGUGCGAGCGCCAGGGCCAUUGAACAGGCCAGCGCUAGCUGAAGCGAUCGAUACACUCGGCAAAAAGUCAGCUACUGUACGUCCAUCCUCUGCCACCCAUCGCGCUACAGCCCAAACUCUCUCCCAUGAAAUCACCUCCACCGAUCUCUUUGCGACGUCCACAGCAACAGAACAGCAACAGACACUGCUGCUGGCCAUCAAUGAUGACGAUGGUGCUGUCAUGGGUUUCCUCAAGACCGGCGUCAAACACCUGUUCUACCUAAACCCUAGAGGCGAGUACACUGAAAUAGAUCCAAUCUGUGUCCUCGAUUUCUACGUGGACGAGGUCUGGCAACGUCGCGGCGUCGGGUUGCAGCUCUUCCAGCGUCUUCUCCAGGAGGAAAACACGACGCCUGCUCAGCUAGCGUACGACCGACCGUCUCCUAAGCUAUUUGCCUUUCUGAAGAAACACGUCGGUCUGACGGAGUAUUUCCCCCAACCCAACCGAUUCGUAGUGUUCGAUGCGUAUUUUCAAUCGCGUGAGUAA